AUGGACAGGUUGCAUUCCUCCAUGCGUAAAAGGCUCUACAGCUUGCCACAGCACAUUGGACAGAAAGCUUCGAUCAUGGGUGAUGAGGAAGACGGCGACAAGGACACCCGGAGGAAGAGCAUCAGGAUGAAGCCCCUGCCUUCACCGACCUCUGGGGGAAGCUUCAAAGGCAUCGGGGAGACCAAAAGCGGAGAGUCGGUGAUCAUGGAAACGGACAUCGGGAGACCCGUAAAGACCAGCUCAAACGGGGAUUGCAGGAGGUUCCGGGGCAGCCUGUCGUCUAUCACCAGUCGGCAUGUCCACGACUCAGACUCGGCGGAGGAGAGGCGCCUCAUCACGGAAGGAGAUGUCACCCCAAGUGAGGAGAGUCCCCCUGGAGCGAUUGGUGGCGGAGCGGAUCAAGGUGCGCAAGGCUGUGGAGCUGGAAGCACAAGCGGCGUAGCCCAGCACGGCUCCCCCGACCAGCAGUCGGGGUUCAUAAAGUUGGAUUGUAUGGACCAAAUUUUACCAGAUGACGAAAGAUAUUAUCAAGCGGGGUUCAUGCACAGACAGUUUGGGGCAAUGCUGCAACCUGGGGUCAACAAGUUCUCUCUACGGAUGUUUGGGAGUGAAAAGGCUGUGGAGAGGGAACAGGAGCGGGUUAAGUCCGCCGGAUUUUGGAUAAUUCAUCCAUACAGUGAUUUCAGGUUCUACUGGGACCUCACCAUGCUCCUGCUUAUGGUGGGCAAUCUGAUCAUCAUCCCCGUUGGCAUCACCUUCUUCAAGGAUGAGCACACGCCGCCCUGGAUCGUCUUCAACGUUGUUUCCGACACGUUCUUCCUCAUGGACCUGGUGCUCAACUUCCGCACGGGCAUCGUCAAAGAGGACAACACGGAGAUCAUCCUGGACCCGCAGCAGAUCAAGAUCAAGUACCUGCGCAGUUGGUUCGUGGUGGACUUCAUCUCCUCCAUCCCCGUCGACUACAUCUUCCUCAUCGUGGAGACGCGCAUCGACUCAGACUUCUACAAGACGGCACGCGCGCUUCGCAUCGUCCGCUUCACCAAGAUCCUCAGCUUGCUCCGGCUGCUGAGACUGUCCCGCCUCAUACGCUACAUCCACCAAUGGGAGGAGAUCUUCCACAUGACGUAUGACCUGGCGAGUGCCAUGGUGCGCAUCGUCAACCUGAUCGGCAUGAUGCUGUUGCUGUGCCACUGGGAUGGAUGCCUCCAGUUUCUGGUGCCCAUGCUGCAGGACUUCCCCGCCGACUGCUGGGUCUCCAAAAACAAGAUGGUGAAUGACACGUGGGGCCAGCAGUACUCGUACGCACUCUUCAAAGCCAUGAGCCACAUGCUGUGCAUUGGGUACGGCAUGUACCCGCCGGUGGGCAUGACGGACGUGUGGCUGACCAUCCUCAGCAUGAUCGUGGGCGCCACCUGCUACGCCAUGUUUGUGGGCCACGCCACCGCUCUCAUCCAGUCCCUGGACUCUUCACGCAGGCAGUACCAGGAGAAGUACAAGCAGGUGGAACAGUACAUGUCCUUCCACAAGCUUCCGGCGGACAUGAGACAGCGUAUCCAUGACUACUACGAGCAUCGCUACCAGGGCAAGAUGUUUGACGAGGAGAGCAUCCUAGGGGAACUGAACGAGCCGCUGAGAGAGGAGAUCAUCAAUUUCAACUGUCGGAAGUUGGUGGCCUCGAUGCCUCUGUUUGCCAACGCGGAUCCCAACUUUGUGACCUCCAUGCUGACCAAACUGCGCUUCGAGGUCUUCCAGCCGGGCGAUUACAUCAUCCGCGAGGGCACCAUCGGCAAGAAGAUGUACUUCAUCCAGCACGGGGUGGUCAGCGUGCUCACCAAGGGCAACAAGGAGACUAAACUUUCGGACGGAUCCUACUUUGGAGAGAUCUGUUUGCUGACGCGUGGCCGUAGGACAGCGAGUGUGCGAGCGGAUACGUACUGCAGGCUGUACUCGUUAUCGGUGGACAACUUCAACGAGGUGCUGGAGGAGUAUCCCAUGAUGAGGAGAGCCUUUGAGACGGUAGCACUGGACCGGCUGGACCGCAUCGGCAAGAAAAACUCUGUCCUUCAGCACAAGGUGCAGCACGACCUCAGCUCGGGCGCCUUCAACUAUCAUGAGAACGAGAUCAUCCAGCAGAUCGUGCAGCACGACCGCGACAUGGCCCACUGCGCCCACCUCAUGCAGGGCACUUCCGGCAUCGGCGCCGCCUCCGCCAACCCCCCGUCCCCGACGCCGGUCAUCUGGGCGCCACUCAUCCAGGCUCCCCUGCAGGCGGCGGCAGCUACUACGUCAGUGGCGCUGGCACUGACGCACCACCCGCACCUCCCCGGCGCCCUGUUCCGGCCUCCGCCGCUGUCCGUGCUGGGCUCGGCCAAGGAGCAGUCGGCCCGCUUCAAGCGGCUGCACACCAUGGUGCCCACCGCGUCCAUCACCUCAGCCUCGGGGACGGGCAACUCGCCGGGGAACUCGCCGUGUGGCACGCCGCCGCCGAGGACGCCAGCAGCUGCAGCGCCGCCGCACCCUUCUGGGGCCGACACGCCGCUGCUGGCCACCUUCCGGGCGCAUCACAUGACCUCGGGGCCGGGGCCGGACAUCGGCGCGUCGGGAGGAGUCGGUGUUGGUGGUGUGGUUGAAGCCUCAGGUGCAGCAUCAGGGGCAUCAGGACAGCAGGGGUCAUCUUCCAGCACCACCCAGACGGUCCACGAUGCCCACGGGGGGUCAUCCAGUGUGGGCUCGGGUGGCGGCAGUGGCGUUGGUGGCGGGGCCUCAUGCAGAGGCUACUCGGGGGCUUCGGCGUUCCCCUUUGGACCCUUCUCCUCGUCUGGAUCUCCGUCGUCCAGCACCGCUCAGCUCCACCAUCCCCCACCCUGCCAGCCGCAGCCGCAGCCACGGCCAGCCCCCAGCAGCACCCCUCCGCUCAGCACAGGCCUCUUCCAGCAGGCGGGGGCCACAGGCGGUGCGGUCGGGGGAGUGGGGGUCAGGCUGGGCGUGGGCACGGGGGUCGGGGAAGCAGUCGGUGGGGCGAUGGGCGCGUCUUCCAGUUCACACUUUGGGGGUGGCGGUGGGUCCACAGGUGUGGUAUCAACAGGUAUGGGAGCGACAGGUGGAGGUGCUUUUGUCUCCUGCUCAUCUAAGGGCAGCCCCCUGUCGUCCGGCUCGUCCAGUCACCCCUCCAGUAGCGGGGGCAGCAGCAGCAGUGUCCUCAUCACCCACCACUCAUCCACAGCCAUGACCCCAACUCCAACUCCACCCAAACCUGCACAGAUAGGCUAUAAGCAACAGCAGCCACAGCAACAGCAGCAGCAACCACAGCUGUUUCAGCAGCCGCAGCAGCAGCAUUUCUCAGGUGGAUGCAGGACUUCCAGCGGCCUCAACCUCUACCACACGCCAUCCCCCGGUUCGCCCUCCUCGGGGGGGAGUCAGGCCCCGCAGUCGUCAUCGUCCGCCCUGCCGAUGGGCUUUCUGCCGCUGUGCGAGCGCUCGGCGCUGGCCGCGCUGGCCCAGUACGGCUCGGCCAACGCUUCGCCCUGCCUGACGCCGCUGGCGCCCAGCCCCACCGGCCAGAGCCCCAUCACGGGACGGACUUUCCACUUCAGCGACCCGUCCAGCGCGCACGGCUCCCGCACGUCGCUCUUCACGCCGCCACUGCCGCCGUGCCCGGGGCCCCUGCCCGGGGGGCACUCGGUGGCGGCGGGGACGUCUCCGCUGAGCCGCUUCUCGGAGGAGGUGAGACUGCUGUCGGGCUCGUACUCCUCGCUGGGUCCGGAGGUGCCGCAGGGUCCGGCGGCGGUGACCACGCACUCUCCUCCGCCUCUGCCGCGUGCCGACACAACGGUCUUCUGCCGUUCGCCCUACUCCUCACUGAGUUCUGAGGUGGCGCAGGGUCCGGCAGCGAUGGCGACGACACACUCGCCUCUGCCGCGUACCGACACAACUCUCCCCAAGUCGCCCCACUCUUUGCUGGGUCCGGAGGUGGCGCAGGUUCCACCGGCGGUGACCACACACUCGCCUCCACCUCUGCCGCGCGCUGAGGCAACAGCCUACUGCCGCUCGCCCUUCUCCUCGCCCACGCUGGUGCCCCGACCCUGCAUCUCGCCAGCCGGCCGCGUGACACCGCCCUCGCUGGCGGGAGGGCCGCCGGGAGGUGGGGGAGGGGGACCCCUGAUCCAGACUCGCUCCUUGGGGGCGUCCUCCCCUGCGCUUCCACCCCGCCGGGACUCGGCCGCGGGGCCCCCUGAGUUUGAACCUCCCCGCUCCAAACUCCCCUCCAACUUGUGAGGUUUCCAAUCACACCCUCCUGUCCCAUCCCAGACUCUCUGCAAAAACAAGACAAAACAAAAUCAAAACAAAAAAAACAACCAUGAUUAACGAUUAACAAUCUUCCUGUGUGAUGGUUUUAUUUACCCUUGGUAGUCUACACCGUGUUCUACACUUAACUCUUAUUUUAAUUUCAAUUUUAAUAUCUUAACUGUGAUUUACAAUUUAAAAACAAAACAAAAAGGUUAUGGCUCAACCAGAUAUCUUAGAUAUCUAGAUCACUCCCUGUUUUGAUUUGCUUUAUCAUUUACCUUGCUUUUUUUUAUUCAUAAACAUAUAUGUAUCAAUAUAUAUAUUUAAAGAUAUGUUAAUCUCUUAAUAGGAGGGUGUGAUGGUACACAAGUUAAGGAGGACUCUUGUUUAUUUUUAAUUAACUAUGCCAAAAUCAUUUGGAUGGGAUCUGGUUUAACGGUGUGAUGGACAUCAUGGCAGUGUGUUCGGCAGGAGCCUAUGCAUUCAAACCUGCAUGUCAACAAAAAAACUCUUUUCAGUGUGUUGCCGCUUAUGAGAAACUGAACCUACCUUUUUAAGGAUUCCAAAACAAAAGAACAAAAAAAAACCGAAACAAAAUGACUUGCUUGGACAAAGAGCAAAUCUCUAUCAAUCCGCACAGGAUCACAUAUUGUUGACCCUUAAAUGUAUCCAAUUAGAUUGUACUCAACUGUAUCCACUGUAUACUCUUUUUUGCAAAACCUUCCAUGGUCAAGAAGAGAUUUUAGGAAACCAAAAAAGAAAAACACUAUUUCCUCUGGAGUGACCAGCCGGCUUCCUCUCGGCCAGAGUGUUUGAUAUUUUCUACUGUUGAACUGAAGUACUGAGGGAGAAUGGGGGGUGGGAGGGGGAUUUCUGUGUGUAAGACCAAGGCAGCAAUCAGAGAGAGAGAGAGAGAGUGUGUUUGUGUUUGUGUGUGUUUGAGUCGUUUGGUCACACAGAUUCUUCAACAGCGUCUGAACGAAUUCACUUUGUCUUCCAAGUUCAAAUGGCAAGCGACGGAUGAUAAGGACCGCAGUGUCCUGCAGUCUCUCUGUGUGUGUGUGUAUGUGUGUGUGUGUGUGUGUGUGUGUGUGUGUGUGUUUGUGUGUGUGUGUGUGUGUAUGUCGGCCUGCACUAAUAGCUUGACACAAGCAAAUAUCUUGCCCGACUGACUCCACGGAAAAAAAAGAAAAGAAAAAAAAAACCAGUAAAGAACCUUCCCUUCACAGCUUUCUGAGUUUCAAUCGUUCCUUACCCAGUACUUUCAGAAGAAGGGAAAAAACACAUAUAUCAUAAUCCCACCAGAUGUCUCAGAGCCAGCAACAAAUCAACACUGAUUAAUGUCCGAUUAUGUAGCAGGACUAGAGGGGACAGAGGCCUAUACAGCCGCCAGUAUCCGCACUGACUGAAAACUUGCACAGUAAGCUCCGCUUGUGCAUUAUGGUUCAUAGCUGCUAUUUGAUCAGUACAGAUUUCCAUCUGCGUCUGUGCUGAGUUGAACAAGAUGAAUGUACAUGCUCGCACUGUUUGUUUAGGUUGGGUUGGGGAAGGCUAUUAUUCACUGUUAAAGACUGCAUAUUUAAAUCGAUGGGGCUCCUGCUAAGUUAAGCAAAACCAAUCUCCCAAUGGAAUGAGUGUGAGCGGGGAGGGGGUAUUGCUGGUUAAUGGAAUGUGUGAAGUGUGCGAUGUAUGGGUUUGUGUGUGUGUGUGUGUGUGUGUUUGAGAGGGGUGCUGCCAGAGACCUGUGCUACGGUCAUGUGUGUUGUCAGGUUAGGGGGAAAGAAGAGUAUUCUUGGACCAUGCAGUCACCUCAGCUGUCAUUUCUGAACACAUGCUCUCUCUCUCUCUCUCUCUCAAUUUCUCUGUUCUUCUCUUCUCUCCUCCUCUUCCUUCCAUCACUCCAUCACUGACAUGCUCACGGCCCCAGUUGCAGGCUCAGGGGCGCACAUAUACACACUCAUGCAUGCACACAUGCACAAAUAGAUAUUCAACUUAUCACUGUGGAAGAGAUUAUGCACACACAGACACGCACAGGCAGACACACACCCACUGAGACACAAGCAAGACACUUGUGUGUGCACACACACUAAUCCCUUCACAUACACAACACACACACUUUUUCCCAUACACACACACACACUCACACACACACACAGAAGGAUCAUCACUGUGCACAGAAGCUUGUCUCUGCUUGGCAGCUGAGUCCCCAACAGUCACGCCACGACCCCAGCCCCCCUAAUUUACCCCGACAGCUCUGCACCCUGCCCCCAACCCCAUGACCUCAGCACCCCGAGGGUCACCUCACUGACAGCAGUGCAGAGUGACCAUCCCACCAUCUCACUCAUUACACAAACAGUGAAACAGACAGACAGACAGACAGACAGAUCGGCAGUGAGACAGAUAGUGGUUUGGACAGACAUAAUAGCUGGUGAGAAAGGAGGCUGGCUGGAAGGAGCAUCACAGGGGCAGACAGACACGUAUACACACACACACACAGACAGACAGACAGACAGACAGACAGACAGACAGACAGACAGAGACAGACAGAUGGGCAGGUCCACAAAGCGUGGCUGAGGUACAGACGAUCAGCCGGAGAGAGAGAGGGACAGACAGGUGAAGAGUGCAUCCAAACAUGCGCACAAGUCCAGUCAAGUGAAAAGAACCAGAAGCAGACCGCAGCCAUAGCUUCUCGACCACCAUCUUCCUUCCAUCUAUGCUGUUGUACGAGCUCCUCUUUGGGGAUGGUGUAGGUAAGUCUCUACUAGUGGUGCAGGACUGAGUCUGACAGCACAGCACAUUGUGUUCUGUCCAGUUUCCCAGAGAAACUGAAUCAUAUCUCAUGGCUCCAGACGUAACCAAUGUGCCGCAAAAGAAACAAAACUUACCAAGACCCCACCACACCAUCUUAUCCACCGAGUCUUUUUACUCUCACUCUCUUCCAUUGGCUGCAGUGCGAGGUUUGUGUUCAGAUUUGCCCCCCUCUCCCCUCUCCAAUAUGAGAGAUGACUGUAUUUGCGUCUUUGACACAUUGCUCCCCUCCUUGGUGAAUGUCAUUAAUUCACACCUGUAUUUCAGACGUAACACAGACCUGAUUUGUAUUCUGCCAGGCUUCCUCAGGAGUAAAUUGACCUUUGUGAGGAUCACAGGUUGAUAAUGACUGUCAUAGAUUUGGGCUAUGUUCGGCGUUUGAAGAAUUUCAUUUAAUACGCUUCGCUCUCGUUGUAUUUGGUCACAUUAUUUUUUUUUUCCUUUCCCACCUUUCAGAUUUCAAAUCACAUCCUGAUAGCUGGGAUUCAACCGGAGUUGAGUUUCUCUGAAAAAUAGAUUAGGGUCUUUUUGAAGGAAGCAGUUUGCUCCGGCAGCCGGUAACAUUUCCCACAGAGCGCCAGUCCGACGCGCUCGAUAAAUCUGCGGGGGAGCUGAAUCGAGUUGACAGACAGCGUGUCGCGACCUGGGAAGCUUUUGAAAUAUUCAUCCGCCCCUUGUCCGUCACUUCCUGUCUGGCCGAUCGGCGAAGGCAAAAGUGGAGGCUUCUGACAGGCCUCGUCUGAGGAGACGGGGGAUUCCCUUCCGACACGCGCAGUGGAAAGAAAGAGGGAGGUGGGAAGGGGAGAGGUGGAGUGGUGGAGCGUCGGAGAACAUGACGGGAGACAGGAAAGAACCCUGCGCAGGAGCUCUGGGCUGUUGACAGGAGCGUCAUCACAAGAGUCGGCUGUGCGCUACUCCACCGAGUGUCUUAGAGGCUUCCAGAGUCCACCAUCACUUUUUUUUGAGAUCACUGCUACGCUAAAGCGUUAUAGAGGAAGAACAGGAGGUAAACAGAAAGAGGGAUGCUAGAAAGAGAAAAAUGUUUGUGGGUGUGUUUCUAUACGAGAAAGACACAAAACGAGCAGUUAUACAAAAAUAAUGAUAGUCAGUGUUUUGGAGUUGACUGAUGGUUUCAGACUAGAAAAGUCCUGGCAACAACUUUUUUGGGGGGGCUGUUCUUGAGCAAAGCGGUUGUCAAACUAGUUGUUGCGGUGGGGGGUCUAAAUGUGAGGAGACGCUGAUGUAUUGCCGUCCCGAUGUGGUGCGACAGACAUUCAGAAGGCUGACAGGUAGACAGGCGCCCUACGGUGCUACUCAACCUGAUGAGCUGCUUGUUCCCAGGGAAACUCUCGCGGCGGGUCGCCCCUGCUUUAUGAUUGGUUUUGAGUGGCUGCCGGAAGUUUCCGCGUGCGUGUAUUGAUUGCGCCGAGGGCCACGUGUGUGUGUGUGUGUGUGUGUGUGUGUGUGUGUAUCCUCUGGAGGUUUUUUUUUUUAGCGCUGCAGACAGCUACUGAUGACUGUGAUGAGAAAGCCAGCGUGCAGAAAGUCCUGGGGUGUUACAUUUAGGGACACCAGAGAGCUGUGUGUGUGUGUGUGUUUGGGUUCAGGGGGUGUAUCUGAGGUGAGAGAGAGAGUGAGAGAAAGAGAGAGAGACCAAGUAGAGCGAUCAAUCAGCUUUGACUGAUCUGAUCUAACCUGCGCCAUCAACAGAGAUAACAGGGGAGCUGCGCCGCAACGUAUCAAUCAAUCAGCGAUCUGAGCCGUCAGUCUACGGGGGGACACUCCGGAAUUAGAACAGGUCCUGGCUCUCAUCUGCUGUCAUGUAAGCUGACGAGUCCCAGCCAACAGCAGCUCUGUCGUUCCUACACCCCCACAGGCUCUAGCACACGUUUGGCCCAGAUGUGGCCCAGCCAUGGGUCCCAUCUAUCCCAGUGGUGAGCAAGGGACAGUGUGUAUUUGUUUUAUUGUUAUAGCACGAAGUGACUAAGGCUACUGUUGUAAUGGGGUCGAGGGGAUUGCUAUCGUUCCUUCAGACAUCCUCUCCUUGGCUGUUUGAUGCAGCACAGAAGCCUUGCCUGGGAGAACAGCAUGUUCCAGAGCAGAAGCACUGCAAAGAGCUGAUAGUGUUUUUUUUCCUUUCAGUUUUUAUUUUAUUUUAUUCUGAGAAUGUUUUGUUGCAGGUUAUAUUGAAGAGAUCAAAGAGAGACAGGACGGCUGUUGUAGCAGUGGUGUGUGUGUGUGUGUGUGUGUGUGUGUGUGUUUAUGUAAUGGAAAGACAGCUGGUUGGAGAGCAGCUGAUAGAUGGAGUGUAUUUUCCCCUCUGUGGUUGGGGUAAA